GUCGCAACGAUUUGUUACUCACCGACUUCCCAAUGACCCGAUUGCUGUUUCCAGCACUGGCUCUUCUUAUCAGAUGUCCUGCACUAUGAGAUAUGGUCAACUGUCAUCUAAAUGCGCAAUGGAUGCUGCUCUAGCUUUUCUUCUCACCUUUCUUCUACACCAAUCGGUAGUGGUGCUAGGUUUCGAAACCACAUUGUUACAUGGAGAAUGGCAAUUUUACAACUCGAAUAAAACUAUCAAUGGCACCGGUAUUGUGCCUGGCGACAUCUUUACCGAUUUGUAUCGCCUUGGUAUCAUUCCUGAUCCGCUCUAUGGCGACAACCAUCUAAAUAUGCGAUGGAUAGCUCUAGAAAAUUGGACAUAUACAAAGUCUUUCGCGGUUCCCAAAGAAAUCUUGAAGAACAACAAAAGGCUUUUUCUGCGAUUCAACGGUAUCGACACCAUUUCAACAGUCAUUUUGAAUGGUCAAUCGAUAUUAAAAACAAACAAUCAAUUUGUGGAAUAUAUAGCGCAUGUUACUAAUAUUCUGCAGGAGAAUAAUUUGAUAGAAGUUCGAUUCACAUCUCCAGUCACAUAUGCUGCGGAAAAAGCAAGAGAAUAUCAGAAAUCUUAUGGUCAUGAAGUGCCACCUGUUUGUCCUCCAGUAGUAUAUCAUGGAGAAUGUCAUCCGAACUUUAUCAGAAAAGCACAGUACAGCUUCAGCUGGGAUUGGGGACCAUCAUUUCCUACAAUGGGACUCUGGAAAGGCAUAGACAUAAUAGCAUUCAAUAACCAUACUGUCACAGACUUUUCUUUCACGACUGAGCGACGCUCGAAUAUUUGGUUCGUUCAUGGAGAUGCAAAGGCUUUGGUGGUAGACGCCGAUGAUAUAGUGAUGAGGAUUAAAAUAGAAGAGCUUGGAGUGGACCAAAAGUACAUAUUCAACAUCACUAGGCCAGCUCCGCUAAUGCAGACGCUAAAAUUUGAUGUGGAAUUACCCUCGGAAAAGGUUGAGCUUUGGUGGCCGAAUGGAGAAGGGCAGCAGAAACUUUAUGAAAUCAAAUUGGAAUGCGGAGAACAAAAAAUUUCACAUCGAAUUGGAUUUCGACACAUAGAAUUGGUUCAGGAUUAUGUGGAUGACAAACAUAAGGACAAAGGACGUCACUUCUACUUCAAAAUCAAUGACCGCCCAGUUUUCCUCAAAGGCUCAAACUGGAUACCUGCAUCGAAUUUUUUGGCUGCAGAUCAUUCGCGUCGGGUCAACUUUUUGCUGGAUUCUGCAGUCGAAGCAGGUAUGAACACUCUUCGUGUGUGGGGUGGCGGCGUAUACGAAACAGAAGAAUUUUAUGAACUAGCUGAUAAAAAAGGACUGUUAAUUUGGCAGGACUUGAUGUUUGCAUGUGCUCUCUAUCCAAAUGAUCCUGGAUUUCUGGAAAGCGUGAAAACCGAGAUCAUGCAGCAGGUCUGGAGAAUCAAGCGGCAUGUUUCAAUCUUACUAUGGGCUGGAAAUAAUGAGAACGAACUCGCCAUAAGAACACAUUGGUGGAGUCCUAACAAUUAUACUGAAGACCACCAAGUAUAUGACUAUGUCAAAUUGUAUAGUGGAGUUAUCAAACCUUUGGUCGAAAGCAUUGACUCAUCACGACCGUUUCUCUUGUCAAGCCCUAGUAAUGGAGUGCGGACAGAAGAAGAGGGCGGUGUGUCGCUCACCCCUGGCGAUCAGCGAUACGGCGAUAUUCAUUACUAUAAUGAACUAGCAGACCUUUGGCGGGAUAGCACCUAUCAAACGCCGAGAUGUGCAACAGAAUUUGGAGUCCAAAGUCUCCCGUUUGCAAGUACGAUGCUUAAGCAUAUAAAUUCAUCUGAAUGGUCGUAUUUAUCCGAGCAGCUUCGCAAUCGACAACAUCAUCCUGGUGGUGUUCUGACCAAUUUGUUUAUGAUUUUUUCACAUUUUCGGAUACCGUUCCGUUGCACUCAGUCGCUCUCGGAGCUGCAUAAUUGCGAAUAUGUGAAAUCAUCAUCGUCGUUUGUAGAUCGUUUCGCUUACUAUUCUCAAGCUCAUCAAGCUAUCGCUUACAAAACACAAACUGAGCAUUACAGAAGAUUCCGAAAUCGCCUUACAUCUGAUGGCUUAGGAAAUACGAUGUGUGCGCUAUAUUGGCAGUUGAAUGAUGUUUGGGCUGCUCCGACAUGGUCAUCUAUUGAUACGGAUCUGAACUGGAAAAUGGUGCACUACGAAGCUAGGCGAUUCAUGGCUCCUAUCAUAGUUGCUUUGUAUGCAAUUGGCUCCAACGAUAUUGGAGUGUCUGUGGUUAACGACUCUCCCGAGGAUAUCAACGAUGCAAAGUUAAUUGUGGAUAUGCUAGCUUGGGGUAAUGGCUUCGAUCCUAUCUACACUGAUGAGAAAGUUGUCAAAGUUGAGCCAAUGUCAUCUAUAGAAGUGAAGUUCUCUACGUUAUUGAGGACCAGCGAUGCUGAUUUUGUCAUACGUGCACGACUUCUGAAUAGUUCCGAUAAUUUUAUAGCUCCAGAGACAAUACUUCUUCCAGAAAGGCUCUAUGAGGUUGAUUUCACUGAAUAUGGCGACGUAUCAAUCAGCAGCUUCAAGCCAGUCGACAGCUACACCUAUACUCUAACCAUCAAUGCAACCAAAGUAUCACCAUUCACUUGGAUAUCCGUCAAAACACCAUUUUUGGGAUGGUUUUCGGACAACGGCUUCACUAUGACGAAACCUACACGAACGGUUACAUUGAAACUGAAGGAACCGCUCGAACUGUCUGUGAAACAUUUUGAUGUUUGUAAUUUGAAAAACUGUGAAAAAUUAUGAAAUAAUUUAUUAGCAUUAUCAUGUGCAUAAAGCAUUACUUGA